AUGUCCGACGAGGAGCGCGUUACCAAGCCUUUCAAGUUCGUCACAGGCGUCGACGCUCGGUUCCCGAACACCAACCAGACCAAGCACUGCUGGCAGAACUAUGUCGACUACCACAAGUGCAUCCUAGCCAAGGGCGAGGACUUUGCUCCCUGCCGUCAGUUCUGGCUGGCCUACCGUUCCCUGUGCCCCAGCUCAUGGUACGAGCGUUGGGACUCGCAAAGAGAGGCUGGCAACUUCCCGGUCAAGCUGGAGCAGUAG